CCCUGUUUUAAAUGUAUUGCAUCACUGUAUAGCGUCCAUGAAAUAUCGUUGGUGAACCUGGCGAUAAUGUGGAAUUUAAACUGGGAAAUGUUUUCCUCCGCGAUUUUUAUAAAAUUUAUAAAUUAACAAUUCUUUUGAUUUGGUAUUUAAAUUUAAUCUGUGUUCGUUUAUUGCAUGUAAUUUAUUUCACCACCAUCACAAUGAGAUUAUGAAAUUUAUGUAAGUAGGUUUACAGUACAUAAGUAAUAAAUAUUUCUAAGCAUUUAAGAACUCAUUCAAACAACAAUUGAUAUAGUUGUUUGCGCCAUUUCCUUUUAAAUAUUAAUUUCUUUAAAUAUCUUGUGGAGUAAUCAACGUAAUGUUUUCUUUAUGUGUUCACUUUGUUCCAAUUUUAACAGUUUAACAAUUUCAUAUUAAUAUGCAGUAUAUAUAAUACUAAAUUACACUUAUAUGGCAUAAAUAUGAGUGUAAUUCAUAAUAUAUUUUCAAUUAGUUUUAUUACAAGUGUUAAUUGAUGACACAUAAAUAGUGUACUAUUUUUAAUAUUUUAAUUCAAUGAAAAUUAAAAAUUGUGUUUCAUUUAUUUGGACUGGACUCAAAUUAUACCUAAAGUUUGACCUGGUUAAUACUAUUGCCAUGUUAGAAUUUAUAGGAUGUGGCAAAUUUAUUUCUUUUCUAUUUAUUAAUCUAUAACUAUUGUGAUUCACAUUCAUUAGUAUAUAAUACAAUAAACUAAUUGAACAAAAUUAUAUUUAGUAGAAAAUAAACAUUUUUAACAUUGAAAUAAUUAAUAUUUUGAAAUUGUUUGUCCUCGAUGUAUUUUUAAACAAUUAUCUAUAUUAUUUUGACCGGUUUAAUAAAUUUUAAAACUGUACAAAAUUAACAAUUAUUAAAAAAGGUACUUAGGUAGUAUUAUAUAGUUUUAAUUCAAAUUAUCCUAUUUAAAUUAGUGUUUUAUUGUAAAUAAAUUGUCAUCUAAUUUAAUAAAAAACUAAAUAUUUAAAUAAUAAUAUAUAGUUACAAACUAUUUAAACUCAAUUAUGGGAGUAAUACAAUGUUAUAAAUGUCAUUUUCGAAAAUAUGUGAUUAAUAGUUUCCUACUUAUAUUUUAUUAAUGUAAAACCAAACUUAGUAUACAGUUUACUGACUUAUUCUAGUAAACUUUAAAAAAUUAUUCCAUUUACUUAUUUUUAAGAAGAGUUUUAAGGGACUCAGUGCCAGGAGGGUUUUUGAUAAAAACAUGAUUUACGGGAAAAUUUCUCAUGCCUCAUAGAAUGACUCAAAUUUCGAUGAUUAUUUUUCUGUUUCAAAGAUGAAAAUUUCCUACAUCUCACAUUGAAUUCCUUUUUUCAAUUACAAACUAAAAUAUGUGUUAAAGAAGAUCAAUUUUUACCUUUUUUAUAACAUUACCAAAUCUAAUGAAAAAUCAAAGUUCAAUACAAGCUGUAUAAUAUUGUUUUUAUCAAUUAAAAACUAAAUGUUCCAAAAAUAUUAUGUUAACAAUGAAUUAUCUUUAUUACCGAAAAGUAAUUUUUGUCAGUAAAAACCACCCCACCCCAUCUCCUAAAUGGGUAGUGAGUAACAGAUCAGUUGAAAAAUCUUAUCUUUAAUGUAUUUAUUAAAAUAUUAAAAAUUGAAGACAAUUUUAAAAACCAGUACUGUAAUGUAAACUAAUUUUUGCAAUUCAGUAAUCAACUUUUUUUUUUUUUCAGAAUAUUUUGGUCAUACAACAAUUCACAGAGUUAUCUAUGCAUGUAUAUUUAAAAACAGUUGACUACAAUACAAUACUGUAAUUUUAUAAUUACAUUUAUUAUAUUUUGUCAUCAAAUUAAAGGUAUUUAUUAAUAGUUCAUAUAUUGACCAACAAAAUGGAUUCUGAUAGUAGUGAUAUGGAUAUGGAUGAUGAAUGCGGCCAAACAAAAUUAUGUCCAGCUGUCCUAGGUUUGCAACCAGUUAAUAAAAGAAAUAGUCCUAAAAUUAUAGAUUCAUCCAAUUCAGAAAAAGAUAAAUUAAACAGAAGAGGUAUGCCUGUUCGUAUAAGGAAAAAAAAUAAAUUAUUUUUUGAUGAAGAAGUAUUUAACACAUCUAAAAAUCCAUCUGUAAAACAAGAACGUAUGAUGUAUGUUAAUUCUCCCAAAAAAUACACACCAAAAAAAAGUAUCGAUUCUAAACUUGAACCUAAAACACCAAAAACACCUAAGCAAGAAAAAGUUAUAAAUCAAAAAUUACAAAGUCCAAAAACUAGUGUUAAAACAACUCCUACAAUCAAACUAAAAACUCCAGUUAAAAGCGUUUCAAAAAAAUCAUCUGAAAAUGGGAUUACAAAACAAAAACCUUCAAAACUUGAAACUCCUAAAACUGUAGUAUCUACAUCCAAACCAAAAUCAGAUUCGCUUGAUCGGAAACGUUGUCAAAAGGUUGGAUUAAAACUAAGAAAAAUUUUUCAUUUACCAAAAGCUAAAAAUUGGAUAUAUUAUGAGUGGUUUUAUAGCAAUAUUGAUAAACCUCUUUUAUGUGAAUCUGAUUUUAUGAUGUGUGUACAGGAUUUCUUUCCUUCUUUUAAAAUAAAAACAAUGACUAGAACUGAAUGGUGUAUGUUACGACGGAUGAUGGGUAAACCUCGUAGGUGUUCUCAAAAUUUCUUUGAUGAAGAAAUUCGAGAGUUAGACCGAAGAAGAAAAAAAAUAAGACUGUUACAGCAACGAAAAGCUAGAGAUGAAUUAUUGUUUAAAGAUAUACCAGAUGAAAUACCUUUACAACUUACUGUUGGUACAAAAGUAACAGCAAUGUUAAGAAAUAAUACUGAAGAUGGUCUAUUUAAUGGGACUAUUGAAGCUUUAGAUGUCUCUAAUAAUACUUAUAGAAUACAUUUUGAUAAAUCUGGUUUAGGUACACACUCUGUUCCUGACUAUGAAGUAUGCUCUAAUCAACCUACUGAAACUAUUUCAAAAAAUGUAUUAUUACAAAUGUGUCGUCCACGUGUACCAUACCAUAACCGUUCGAUAUCACCUGAAACUAAACUAGAUACAAUAAAAACUGAUCAAAACACUUCUACACAAUAUUCAAUGAAACUAUUAGAAUCUACUGUAAAAUUUAGAAAAAUUUUGAGUGCAAAAAAACAGUAUGUGCAAACAUUACGUAAUAUGAAUUCUGAAGCAGAGCGAAUGAUUUUAUACAAUGAAGACAUUACACCUGAGUUCCAGAGUCGUUAUGCUAAGAUUGUUUUAGAUUUGGAUAAUUUAAACGUUCAUUUAACAUCAGUAAUGUGUGUGCUUAGUGAAGAAAUUAAAGUAUUAGCACCUGAAGAAGCUGAAACAUGGCCAUUGAUUACAGAUUAUUUGCAGAAUCAGUCAUUUGAUGAAGCUGAACAAAUGAUUGAGCACAACAAAGAAAUUACUGAUUCGCGGUUUAUGGUAGAAGAUCAACCAAUGUUAGCUUUAAUUAAGGAUUUGUUAGCUUUAAUGCUUCAGGUAAAAACAUUGACUGAAAACGAACCUACUGCAUAUGAAUUGGAUGCUUUGAAAAGAACUAUGGUUGAAAUAAAACUCAAGCUUAGUCAAUCUAAUCAAAAAUCUUUUGAAAAUUGUGUUGAGAUUCAUAUGCAGCAAAUUCAAUCUAGUUUAGAUACUUAUCAUACUCUAUCUUCAUCUAGUAGAAAAUAAUAAUGUUUAGGUCAUUAUAAAAUAUAACUUAAGUUAACUAAAAUUUAUUUUGGGUAUAACAAUAUUGCAAUAAAUAAUAUAAAGGAGAUCAAUUUAUGUUUAUUUUUUUAAUGCUAAUGACAGUUAAGAUUAUAUAAAUUCCAUC